AUGCCAAUUAUGAAAUUAUAUCAAAUAACAUCAGCUACUUCAGUGCCAAGUUCCGCUUUAAUACAAUUCUAUAAAAGUAAAUUGUUCAAUAAAAUUGAACAUGAUUUAAUGGACAAUACUAUAGUGUCAGCAAUCAGAAAUUUAAACAUUGUCAAACAAAUGGAUUCAAUCUCAUCAAAGAUCACACUGUUAAAAGAUAGUAGUGAGAAAGUCAAUAAAUCGUCUAAUGUUUUAUUAAAAUUGUACUUAGAAAAAUUGGCAAACAUUUUACAAUCACAUAAGAAUUUAAUGAAAAGUAAUUCAGAUUCCAAAAUUGUACAAACUUAUCCAUGGGUUUCAUAUUCUGCUGAUGGUACAUUAACAGUUCGGUAA